GUAGCAAAGAGUAAAAACUUGAGUAUAAUUGAGAGCAUACAUGACUACUUAUCACUAGGCUAUCUCUGAGGGAGAGUCAUCUCUUCCAUGUUCCAAUCACUCUACAUGAAAUAUUCUCUUUGUUUCUCUCUCUAGAACAACAGAGAUAGCCGAGAGAGAGAGAGAGAGAGAGAGAGAGAGAGAGAUAAUGGUGAGUGUUGCGGAACAAGAUUUUCAUCUAGAGGUCUGUGAAUCAGGCUUGGAGAAUCAGAAGGUUGCAAAUGCAGAUUUGGAUGAUGAUCAAAAGCCCAAACGAACAGGGAAUGUUUGGACUGCAAGCGCUCACAUAAUCACAGCUAUUAUAGGUUCUGGAGUCCUCUCACUGGCUUGGGGUGUGGCACAGCUCGGUUGGGUCGCCGGAGUCACCACUCUCAUGGUGUUUUCGGGCAUCACAUUAUAUACUUCCAAUCUCUUAGCAGACUGUUAUCGAUCCCCGGAUCCAGUCACCGGCCGGAGAAACUACUCUUACAUGGAAGCUGUCAAAAACAACUUAGGUGGAAAAAUGUACAUGGCAUGUGGAAUGGUUCAAUAUGUAAACCUAAGUGGGAUGAUAAUCGGCUACACAAUCACGGCCUCGAUAAGCAUGGCGGCCAUACAAAAAUCAGAUUGCUUCCAUAAGAGAGGACAUGAAGCUCCAUGCAAAUUUUCUCAUAAUCCAUACAUGAUUGGAUUGGGAAUCCUUGAAAUUUUCUUGUCUCAGAUCCCAAACUUCCACAACCUUUCGAUGCUCUCCAUUGUCGCGGCAAUCAUGUCAUUCGGGUAUGCAUCGAUAGGAAUGGGACUUGGCUUAGCAAAAAUUCUCUCAGGGCAAGGGAAGAGGACCUCCUUGACAGGAUUGGAAGUUGGGAUUGAUUUAUCGGCAGCCGAGAAGACCUGGAGAAUGUUCAGAGCGUUCGGGGACAUUGCAUUUGCUUACACCUAUUCUCAAAUUCUGAUUGAAAUUCAAGAUACACUGAAAUCAUCACCGCCCGAAAACAAAGUGAUGGAGAAGGCUAACAUGAUAGGGGUGUCGGUGACAACAACAUUCUACAUGAUGUGUGGUUGCUUUGGCUAUGCUGCAUUUGGGAACCAUGCCCCCGGUAACAUGCUGACAGGCUUCGGAUUUUUCGAGCCAUUCUGGUUGGUUGAUUUGGCUAAUGUCUGCAUUGUGGUGCACCUCGUGGGAGCCUACCAGGUAUUCUCGCAGCCAGUUUACAGUGCACUUGAAUCUUGGGCUGCCAGGACAUGGCCCAAGUCGAAAUUUGUAACCGGGGAGUACUCGAUUAACAUUGGAAUUGCCAAGAAAUACAGAUUUAAUAUCAACUUCCUCAGGCUGACUUGGAGGACUAUAUUUGUGAUAAUGGCAACACUUCUGGCCAUGGUAUUACCCUUCUUCAACGACGUACUGGCGUUUCUCGGGGCGCUCGGGUACUGGCCAUUGACGGUGUAUUUCCCAAUCCAAAUGUACAUUGCUCAGAAGAAAAUCAGAUGGUGGAGCUCAAGGUGGUGUGGACUCCAACUCAUAAACUUAGUCUGCUUGCUGGUGGCACUGGCCGCUGCCUGUGGCUCGAUCCAAGGGCUGAGUCGGGCUGUCAGUGUCUACAAGCCCUUCAAGGUCGAAGAUUAAUGCAAUUACUUAAAUAAUAUGAGCUAUUAGCAAACAUAAGCUUGCUUGUUAAUCUCCUUUGUUAGUGUUAUUAGAGUGCAUAUAUAUAA